UCUUACUGCUCCUGGUUCCUGCAGCUUGCGUAUGCAGGCAGGCAGGCAGCAAUGGGGACGUGGUGCCUCUGUGCUUUCCCAGGCAGGAGUGUUGUGCUGAGACUCGUGGACAGGGAGGGAAUGUUGGAGGAGAAGAGCUGGAAAGGUGUUGGCGAAACAGCUUUUGAAAGGGGGUGCGUGGCUACCCCCAGGGCCAGCGACGGGGAGAGAUGCUGCCGCCUCCCGCUGCUGCUGGGCUCGGGGCUGCCUGGCAUCUCCCUGCUCUCUCUGGUGCUCAGCCUUCUGCUGUACUUUCGGACCUCUGAUCUGCAAUCCCGGGUGUCCCACUUGGAAGCGGACAGAUCCACGCAGCUCCCUGCCUGGCUCUCAGCAGACCAAAUGGAGACGGCUAUUUUGGGAAGAGUUGACCAACUGCUUGAUGAGAAACUGAAGUUUCACUUGCCGAGACAUCGAGAAGUUCGAGAGACUCACCAGCGAUGCAACUGCCCAGCAGUCCUGUGGCUCUCUGUAACACAAGCUGUGCAAUACAUCUGAUUUGGGCACUGGAGGUUUCAUGGAAG